AUGGGACUCCAGGAGGAGGUGACAGCCAUGCAGACAGGAGGGGCAGGGAUGAGAGGCAAGGCUGAGCUGGAAUUCAUAAAGAACAACGUGGGAGAGGACAACGAAAAGCAAGAGGCGGAUCAGAGGGAGGAACGUCAAGAAAGCCCAAGGCAAGAUAGCUACGUGCAACAAUUGUCGGCGGAAGACUAUAACUUGGCUGGGGAAGAGAAAACGAAAUGGUCCAAAGAACUCCAGGCUGGUGUUGAGGUUUUCCACAUUCACAAGGAACUAAGCUGUGAUGCUAACUCUCUGGAGAAUACAACAGUUCCUCAUGUGGUGGUCUUGCGAAGGCCCUCACAUGGGCUUCGGCUCCUGGGUAGACGGAGGGCGAUGAGCAUGUUUGUGUUUCCAGAUUAUCACAGGACACCGCAAACUGCAGCAACCAACCACCAAGAGAGCUCUGGGAGACCCCGCAGUGUUUGCAUGUUCGCAGCUACAAACUCUAGCAGCCUUCUACCGCCUGCUUUAAAUAACCAAGAUUGCCCGGUCAAAAGGUGUAGGACGAGACGUGCUGAGCUGCAUGUAGUAGAUGGUCUUAAACCUGACAUGCCGCCUUCUGGCAGCCUUCCUAUUCAUCCACAAGAAGAACCAUUAAUACGUCAGACGUUAAAAAACAGGGGCAGACAACGGCCUGUUAGCAUGACUGUUCUUGAGCUUAAAGCACACAGUGGCUCCAGGGAUGAGCUUGCGAGCCAUACUGACACUGGUAGCUUGCCUCGUUCAGGUUUCCGUUGGAGAUGGUUUAGUCGACAGGCACAUGGAAAGGAAGUGGUGGCCACUCAAAUGUCAGGAAAGCAAAAGGAAUUCAUUGUCACCAAGGCAGAAAAACCGAAAAGAAUGUUUGGCUCACUGCAAAGGAGCUUGAGUCUCAGGAUCAGGCGGAAUCGUAAUCAACCAGAGCAGAAGGACAGAACUGAAUGGAGACGCACUGCAAGCAUUGGAGAAAAAUCUAUGCAAACCACUCAUCCAUUCUCCUACCUAACUGGCAGGACUUUAACCCCAACUCAUGAGCAAGAUGAGGACCAAGGGGCCACACAGUACAUAGAGUACCAAACUCGAGGGAAGGUAGCAGUCUUGGAGGUCCCUCUUUGUCCUGCCAAACUUACCAAGCCAACCAAACAAACUCAGGCAGAGACUAGUUUUUGGCAGCUAAUUGCUAGUCGUUUUAAGAGGAAGGAACUGUCGUCCAGCAACAAAUCUGAGCUUUGCACUGAGAGUCAAACAGUUGGCAGCCAUCCCCCUGUGAGAAAUAAAAAGCCAGAUUCUGUUGCUAUAGAGACUCUAGCUGGCAUUGAUUUCAGGAAAGGUCAAGACUCCUUUGUCAACAGUCAGGAAUGGACAUUGAGUCGAUCAGUACCAGAGCUCAAAGUGGGCAUCGUGGGAAACCUGUCCAGUGGGAAGUCGGCGUUAGUUCAUCGGUAUCUGACAGGAACAUACGUCCAGGAGGAGUCGCCUGAGGGAGGGCGGUUUAAAAAGGAGAUUGUGGUGGACGGACAGAGUUAUCUCUUGCUGAUCAGAGAUGAAGGCGGCCCACCAGAAUUGCAGUUUGCUGCCUGGGUGGACGCUGUGGUGUUCGUCUUCAGCUUGGAGGAUGAGAUCAGCUUCCAGACAGUUUAUAACUACUUCCUGCGUCUCUCCAGCUACAGAAACACAGCAGAGGUUCUCAUGGUGCUUGUGGGGACACAGGAUGCCAUCAGUGCUGCCAAUCCCAGAGUGAUAGAUGACGCUCGAGCUCGCAAACUCUCCAACGAUCUGAAACGCUCCACGUAUUACGAAACAUGCUCCACCUACGGCCUUAACGUGGAGAGAGUUUUUCAAGAUGUUGCUCAGAAGGUGGUGGCGCUGAGGAAAAAACAGCAGCUUUCGAUUGGUCCUUGUAAAUCUCUUCCCAAUUCUCCCAGCCACUCAUCGGUCCCGGCUGCGUCCAUCCCCUCUGUACAUCUCAAUCAGGCUGCCAAUGGAGGAGGCGCGUUUAGCGACUACUCCUCUUCCGUUCCCUCCACCCCCAGUAUAAGCCAGAGGGAGAUGCGCAUCGAGACAGUGGCCGCCUCCAACACUCCCACGCCCAUCCGCAAACAGUCCAAACGGCGCUCCAACAUCUUCACAUCACGGAAAGCCAGUGAGCAGGCAAAGAGCAUUGAGAGUAAAACUGACAGUAUAGGCAGUGGAAGGGCCAUACCCAUCAAACAGGGAAUUUUGUUAAAAAGGAGUGGAAAGUCUCUUAAUAAGGAGUGGAAGAAGAAAUAUGUCACUCUAUGUGACAACGGUCUGCUCACAUACCACCCCAGUUUACAUGACUACAUGCAGAAUAUCCACGGUAAAGAAAUCGAUCUGUUACGGACAACAGUGAAGGUACCUGGGAAGAGGCCUCCCAGAGCGGUGGUAACAGUCGCCCCAACAGCCAGCCCGAAAACCAAUGGACUGACCAAGGACCGCAGCACCUUGCAACUUGGUAUUGGGGCCACAAGCACUCCUCAUUCUAACAGUAGCAGUUCCCUACAGUCCGGGGGCUCGGUGGCCGGCGUGGCUUUAGGAAACAGUAAAGAGGGAAUGCACCAGCGCUCGUUCUCCGUGUCCAGUGCAGAACAGUGGAGUGAAGCAGUUAUCAGUACAACAGCAGCAAAUGGGAUGGCAGAUCCUCUCAGCUCCACCCCUGGCACGGGCAGUGCCACCAGUCCCAAACUUGAGCCUCCACCAUCGCCACAUGCCAACCGCAAGAAACACAGGCGGAAAAAGAGCACGGGUAUCACCAAACCAGACAGCUUUUCUGCAGGGAAUGAAGAGCAAGAGGAGUCCUUUGAGUUCGUCAUUGUGUCUCUAACGGGUCAAAUGUGGCACUUUGAGGCGUCUACGUAUGAGGAAAGAGAACUUUGGGUGCAGGCCAUCGAGAGCCAGAUUUUCGCCAGUCUACAGUCCUGUGAAAGCAGCAAGAAUAAGUCUCGAUUAGGAAGUCAGAGUGAUGCGCUGACCAUCCAGUCCAUUAGGAACGUGAGGGGAAACAGCUUCUGUGCAGACUGUGAUGCCCCUAAUCCAGAUUGGGCCAGUCUAAAUCUUGGUGCUCUGAUCUGUAUCGAGUGUUCCGGGAUGCAUAGGAACCUUGGAACGCACCUGUCCCGUGUACGAUCUCUAGAUCUAGACGACUGGCCUGUGGAGCUCAGCAUGGUGAUGACAGCCAUCGGGAACGCCAUGGCCAACAGUGUGUGGGAGGGCUGCAUGGAGGGGUACACCAAACCUGGUGUAGACAGCAACAGGGAAGAGAAGGAACGCUGGAUCCGGGCGAAGUACGAGCAGAAGUUGUUCCUGGUGGGGCUUCCUCAGUCUGACGUACCACUGGGACAGCAGCUUCUGCGGGCGGUCGUAGAGGAUGACCUGAGACUGGUGGUUCUCCUGCUUGCUCACGGCACCAAGGAAGAAGUCAACGAGACGUACGGGGACGGAGAUGGACGUACCGCCCUGCAUCUGUCCUGCGCGAUGGCGAAUGUGGUCAUCACACAACUGCUCAUAUGGUAUGGAGUGGACGUAAAGAGCUGUGAUGCCCGCGGUCAGACCCCCCUGUCAUACGCCCAGUGCGCAAGAAGUCAGGAGUGCACCGACAUCCUCAUCCAACACGGCUGCCCUGGUGAAAGCGGACUGUCGACACCCACGGCCACCAGACACAACAUCAACAACAACGCUCAAUGCGAGCUGAACCGUAGUGUUAGCAUCAUGUAAUAGUGUGCAGGAAAUCAUUCUGCGUCCCAUACUAUAAGCCUGCAGUGUCCCAAUGCUCUGUCUUUAGUGUAUCUUCACUGAAUGUUCAUUUGUCUCUGUGGACGCCAGUGAUUUUGAUGUUCAUGUAGAGUCUGUUCUCGUUAAAUGACAUCUUUUUCCUCAGCAGUAUGUUGCAGAUCCGAUAUUGUCAUUAUUAGGAAUACUGUGCAUAGUGCCUUGUGUGUCAUGUAAACCCAUUACAACUUCCUGUUGUGGCAGAUGUUAGCGUACAACAAGAGACAGCAGUAUUAACUUCAUCAACACUCAUUUGGUGAGUUAUUUCUAAGCUACAGAAAUGGACAAAGUUACGGUUUUUUUUUUAAGGAUCUUAUCUUGUAUGUACUGUAUAGAACAAAAUAUGAAAUGCUGUGGCAACAGGUUCUAAACAAAACAAGUUUUUAUUUUUAAGAAUUAGUUUCAAAUAACCCUAGUUUGCACACGUGUUUCAUCGUCCAUCAAAGCAUAUGAAACCUGUUUAUGUUAAAUGGGUUAUUCCCAGAAAACCUGUCAAGAACUUUCCCAGGUCAUAUUUCGUCCUGAUAUCAAAAUAAAUAAAUAAGAAAAUAUAUCAUAUAUUUGCGUAAAGAAAAUUAAAACUAUUUUUUGCCAUUAUUUACUUUUUGUUGUUGUUGUUGUUGUUGUUGCAUUUUGACAUUUUCAUGGCAAUUAAGCACAUUUCCUCUUAGAUUCUCAUUACUGUAAUGCAUCUGGGCGUUUUACUUUUGCUGAUUUUUUGUAUUUAAAUUGUUAAGUAUUUAGACAUCAUCAUAGUAUUUUUUAUACUGUCUUUAAUUUAUGCAGAUUUAAAUAAAAAAAUUGUAUUAUAGUAAUUUUUCACUGUAAUUCAAUAAAAAAAAAUUACUGUAUUACAGUAAUAAACAUCUAUUGAGAAUCUUCAUUGGGAAUAGCUAAUGCGAAUCGCACAAAAAAAUAAAUGUGCCCAUUUGCAUUACAGUAAGGAGAAUUUGAGGAGAAAAUAUGUGCUUAUUUGUCAUGAAAAUGUCACAGUGCAAAACAUUUUAUGGGUUUAAUAUACACAUUUUCUUUAUACAUAUAUAUCAUUUAUUUAUUUAUUUAUUUAGUGACCUGGGACAUCAUGGGAUUUAAAACAAAUUUGUUAGAUUAUUUACUAUAUAUAUAUAUAUAUAUAUAUAUAUAUAUAUAUA